AUGAACAAGUUUAUGAAAUUAUUCGCGAUUUUCUUGUUCAUCCAAAUCCAAAUAGCCUUGUCUCAACCAAAUAUUAUACAACAACUCUGCAAAAGAAACCGUUAACCCCUAUGCGUCUCUACUCUCAAUCUUGAUCCUAGAAGCAAAACCUCAAAUCCCAAAGGGCUUGCGUCGAUCUCUAUAGAUGCGACGACAAAGAAAACGAACGAAACGUUAACUUAUCUUAUCUGUUUACGGGGCAUUGGAGGAGGUCGCGAAGAUUAUGAGAAGUACGGAACUUGCAUUGAUCAGGAUUAUGGCGCGUCUGUUGAUAGGUAUUUGCCGGCGGCUUUGGCUAAUCUAAAGGCUAAGAAGUACUCUGCUGCGAUAGCUAACUUGCAAAGCGUUGGGGCGACGGGUGAUUGUCAGAACCAGUUCCCCGGACGUGGUCCAUUACUAGUGAGCCAACGUAACAAAGCCGUUCAUGAUAUUGCCGAUAUGACUACUGACAUCAUCAAAACUUUUGUCUAG